ACUCCAAUAAUUCCAAAGUGAUUUAAGUGUGUGCCUAUGAAAGUGCUAAAACGUUUUUAUAAACGAGGAAAUAUGUAUUUAGAUAUGCUUGUCUAAUCGUUGAUGCGCAUUAUGCAUGUGAGAAUUAAUACUAAUAUUUUCGUAAUAAAAAUGACUUCCACGAUGGAUAACAGUUGUGUGCUACGUGGGUACCACAAAAAAUUAAAAACAAUGAAAAAAAAGUUUUUUGUUCUUUAUAAAGAAACUGCAACGAGUCCAGCGCGAUUAGAAUAUUACGAUACGGAAAAAAAAUUUAUGCAUGGAGCAGGACCUAAGCGAAUUAUUUUAUUAAAAAAAUGUUUUAACAUAAAUCGACGCUUUGAUACCAAACACAAAUAUGUUUUGGGUCUUUCAUCAAGAGAAGGAGGUUUCGGAAUCGUAUUGAAUACAGAAACUGAUUUAAAAAAAUGGUUGGAUAGCCUUGUCUCAAUUCAAAAGGAUAACUCAAAUAAUACCGAUCUAGUUUACCAAAACUAUGAUCACGUAUGGCAAGUUGUUGUCCAAAGAAAAGGAAUAUCCGAAAAUGUUGGUAUCACGGGAAAUUAUCAUUGCUGCUUGACAAGUAAAUCUCUUACAUUUGUAUGUAUUGGCCCAGAAAAAUCUCCUAUUGGUGAAGAUCGAGUUGAAGAAGUUGAAAUUCUUUUGACUACAAUUAGAAGAUGCGGACAUGCUUCACCACAGAGUAUAUUUUACAUGGAGUUAGGCCGGCAAUGCGUGCUAGGUUCUGGUGAGCUUUGGAUGGAAACUGAGGACGCCGCAACAGCUCGACAUAUGCAUGAUACGAUAUUAAGCGCUAUGUCAGGCAAACCGGAGUCUGACAUGAAUAUUCUCAACACUUACAAAGGGAAAUCGGAUCCAAACAAUGAACCAAUGAGAAAACGUUCAUCAUCAGCUAAUGAGGCUUCAAAGCCUAUAAACGUUUUACAAAAACGUCAAAAUCCUCUUGAAAUAAGGAAUAGCUUUUCGCCACACUAUAAUAGCUAUGGACGAGAACGAUGUGAUAGCUUGCCUACUAGAAACAGGACAUUUAGUGAAUGUAGCAAUCAGGCAUACAUUACUUUAAAGCAUGGACAUCGGUGCAAUACAAUAUCGGGGUCCCGACCAUACACAGGUAUGAGGCAUAGUAAUAGCCCACCUGUAAAUACACCAAUAAAAUGUGCGGAAAGUGAUGAGUCUUCAAUAAGCAUGGAUGAGCCUGAUGAAAAAAAUUUUAUUGAUGCAUACAGAAUAAACUCAAGAACCUCUGAAGUUAUUAUACCUGAAGAAAAUCUUGAUGAACUGGCAUCUUCCGACAACAGCAACUUUGAUCGUAUAAAUGAAGACUUUGAAAACUAUAUUUCUAUGACUCCAAUUAAAUCAACGUUGGAGAACUUAAAUGCAAAUCAUUUAAAUCAUUGCACAGGACUAAAUGCUGCAUUAGAUGCUACCGAUGAUGGAUUUAAUAUCAAUAUACCCGAUGAAUUGAAGGAGAAAGUGGAAACAGAUUUUGAAAUUGAGAACCAGUUCGAUCGACCAGCAAGAGCUUACUCAAUAGGAAGUAGAAGCGAACAUACAAAAAUGCGAAAACUACUUGGACAUUUAAAUGACGUUGAUAGUACGUCACCACGAGUACGUGCAUAUUCAGUUGGUUCAAAACUAAAAGCAUCCCAAUGCGAUGUUCAACGUUGUAAUCAUUGUUUAAAAUCAAAAAAAGGACACAAUUAUAAUGGGAGUAAUUGCAAUGUAUCAAUUGAGUUUCAGUCAUGCAGUGGAACGGUAGGGUAUAUCAAUCCUCGGGAAAAUAAAUCCACUAGUGCACCACUUUUAAAUCUUAAAAGUUCGUUAAACUUUGAGCCGAUGAGCGAUUUAAUGGAAAUGGAUUUUUCUAAUGUCAAAAAUGUACAACAUCAAAACUUGUUAGAAAAUUGCAAAGUACCCAAGUUCCUUCAAAAUACAAUGCGAGAUAUGAAGACUAACACUGCAAAUUUUUGUCCUAAUAUGAAUAUAAAGCAAUCAAAUGUGCUUAAAAAAAAUGAAGUUUCCCAUAAAUCUGAAAUUCUUGAGAGUGGAUAUUUAGAAAUGAGACCAGUCGGCAAAAUUCAACUCGAUUUACGGCGAGUAGAAGAUCAAAAAGAGCAAACAAAGCUUAAUUUACAAAAAACGGAUGAUACUCGUAGGAUGAAUGAAAGCAAAACAGAAUCAGAGAAAAAUAUUAUUGAUUUAUCACUGGAACAACAAUUCGAGUUUCAAAAUAAAACGUUGAUAGAUACGAACUUAAGCAAUGUAGAUAGCAAAGACUUUAGCAACACAAUUAGUGAAGGAAGGAAGUUAAUUCAUUCGAUCAGCAAUGAAGACUAUGUACAAACUGUAAAUAAUUUAACUGAUGCCUCAGAUUUUACUGGUUAUAAAAUUCUUCAAAUCAAGAGUGAUAGUUCAAUUAUUUCAAAAAGAAAAAAUCAAAGGUCAAUGCCGAAACAAAAAUGUGACCCAAAACAGCAACAAGAGGAGCUAAGCAGUUGCGAAAAACGUUUGACUUCGGUUUUUAUAAAUGAUUCCUCAAUUAAAAAUAAAGAUGAAAAAAUAUUAAUUGAUGAUUCAGUGUUGGAUAUUGGGAUAAAUAAUGAUGGGGUUACAUUAACAGCAAAUAUAUGUGAACGUGAACUUCAUUAUGCCAGUCUAGAUCUUCCUAACUGCAGUGGACAAAUUACAAGAAAAAGUCUUAAGAAAUUAUCGUGUGAAUCUCCUCCAGUUGUAUUUGAAUCAAACAGUUCAUAUGCAAAAAUUGACUUCGAUCAAUCUGAUUCCUCGUCUGCUUCAUCCAAAAUUUGUAACCUGUAAAAUUAAAUAAAUUAACACUUUUCUUAAAAUUAAAAGA